GAAGCAGAUCCAAAUUUUAAGAGCUUUAAAUUAAAGCAAGUCCCUGUUUAGAGCAUCUAUUUGCAAAUUGGUGGCGGCUCUGCUUACAAAAAGAAAAAAACAGGCCACCAUCUUCUCUGUUCAGACAUAUAAAAGCAGAGCAGAGACAGCUCAACUACAUCUUUUGUACUGGUUGAGAAACAGAGAAAGAGAGUUGAAGAUAAAAUGAGGAGCUUGUGGUGGUGUUUAAUGGUGGUACCAAUCUUUUUCCUAUUGGAUUUCUCAAAUGGAGAAAGCCCAUAUAGAUUUUAUACUUGGAAUAUUACUUAUGGUGAUAUCUAUCCUCUUGGUGUCAAACAACAGGGGAUAUUGAUAAAUGGGCAAUUCCCAGGACCACCAAUUGAGUGUGUGACCAAUGACAACUUGAUUGUCAGUGUUUUCAAUAAUUUGGAUGAACCUUUUCUCAUAUCCUGGGAUGGUAUUCAACAAAGGAGGAACUCGUGGCAAGAUGGAGUUUAUGGGACAAACUGUCCGAUCCCACCAGGCCAAAACUUCACAUAUAUCCUACAAGUUAAGGACCAGAUUGGUAGUUUCUUCUAUUUCCCUUCACUGGCCAUGCACAAAGCUGCUGGAGGUUAUGGUGGCAUCAAAAUCGAUAGUCGUCCGCUGAUUCCUGUUCCUUUUCCUCCACCUGCUGGAGAAUACACCAUGUUGGUUGGUGACUGGUUCAAGCAAAAUCACACUGAUCUUAAGGCGAUUUUAGAUGGAGGAAGUGAUCUUUCAUUUCCUGAUGGCCUUCUAAUCAACGGUCGUGGAUCAAAUAGUUUAACUUUCACAGUUGAUCAAGGAAGGACUUACAGAUUCCGGAUAUCCAAUGUUGGCCUCACAACAGCUAUCAAUUUUAGAAUCCAGGGGCACAAGAUGGUCUUGGUUGAAGUAGAAGGGACUCACACCCUGCAGAACACCUAUGAGUCCAUUGAUAUCCAUUUGGGUCAGUCCUAUUCUGUAUUGGUCACAAUGGACCAACCAGGGCAGGACUAUUACAUUGUCGCCUCGACGCGUUUCACUUCUCAAGUCCUUACAGCAACAUCAAUUCUUCACUAUAGCAACUCAGCAGGAAGUGUUUCUGGUCCUCCCCCAGGUGGACCAACAAUUGAGAUCGAUUGGUCUCUUAAUCAGGCUCGAUCUGUUAGGCAAAAUUUGACAGCAAGUGGCCCAAGGCCUAAUCCGCAAGGUUCAUAUCACUAUGGGUUGGUUAACACCACGCGGACAAUUAGACUGGCAAAUUCUGCACCAAUGAUCAAUGGUAAACAGAGGUAUGCUGUGAACAGUGUGUCAUUCAUUCCGGCAGACACACCACUCAAACUUGCAGACUACUUCAAGAUUCCAGGGGUCUUUAACCUUGGCAGCAUCCAAGACAACCCAACUGGAGGUGGUGGUUACCUCCAGACAUCUGUCAUGGCUGCUGAUUUCAGAGCUUUCGUCGAAGUUGUGUUUGAGAAUCCAGAAGAUAUUGUGCAGUCAUGGCAUAUUGAUGGCCAUAUCUUCUUUGUCGUGGGGAUGGAUGGUGGACAAUGGACACCUGCAAGCAGAUUGAACUACAACUUGAGAGAUGGAAUUUCGCGUUGUACUAUUCAGGUUUAUCCAAAGUCAUGGACAGCCCUAUACAUGCCAUUAGACAAUGUGGGAAUGUGGAACAUCAGAUCAGAGAACUGGGCUCGCCAGUACUUAGGCCAGCAAUUCUAUCUUCGUGUUUAUUCACCAGCCAAUUCAUGGAGAGAUGAGUAUCCAAUUCCAAAGAAUGCUCUUGUUUGUGGCCGUGCUUCGGGUCGCAGGACUCGCCCGCUCUAAUUAAGGAAUGAACCAUCAGCUAAACAGUCACGAAAGGGUGACUGAUCUUCUUGUUACUGUGAUGAGUUUUGUGACAAAGAAUUCAAACGGGAAAGUAGCAGAAGCUCUCCUUGUGAGCACUUCUCUUUUUCUUUCUUAGCCUUUAAGAAUGUUUCUCAUUUCAUUUUAGCAUUACUUUUGAGAUUCUUGGUAUCCAAUUUGGUCUUUAGGACUGACCAAAAAGAAGGAUACAAAGAAGAAAAGUGAGCUGUAUUCAUUAAGUCCAGUUUGUAAAACUCAAUUCAUCAAGUUACUUCCAUUUAUUCAUCCAUUCUUGAUACUA